CCAAUGUUGUAAGGAAGGAAGAACCGAGCAAAGGCGAGGUCUUUAUCCCUCGCUUUGUUACUUGAAAUUGCUCUCUUCUCUUCUUCGCGGGGAGAGAAACAAUUCAUCAACCCGGUUAUUCAGUUCCUGAGAGUGGUGGAAUUGGGUACAGCGAAAUGGAUCAGAUAUUGAACAAAGUGGGAUCGUACUGGUUCAGCCGAAGGGCCAACAAGGAGAUCGACUCCGUCGGCGACGAUCUCAAUUCUCUGUCGAGCAGUAUUGGAGAAGGAACAAAAUGGUUGGUCAACAAAUUAAAAGGAAAAAUGCAAAAGCCAUUGACAGAGUUGCUUAAGGAGUAUGAUCUUCCAAUAGGAAUCUUUCCUCGUGAUGCAACAAACUAUGAAUUUAACGAGGAGACAGGGAAGCUUAUUGUCUACAUUCCUCAGGUGUGUGAAGUAGGCUACAGGGAUUCAUCUGUGUUGCGCUUCUUCACCACCGUGACUGGCUAUCUGGAGAAAGGGAAGCUUGCAGAUAUUGAAGGAAUAAAGACGAAGGUAUUGAUCUGGGCAAAAGUGACCGCCAUAUCAUCUGAGGGACCCAAGGUCCAUUUCAUGGCUGGGAUGAAGAAAACAAGGAGCAGGGAAGCAUACGAGGUUUCCAGGGAUGGAGUUAUUGUCGAUAAAUUUUAAACCUUCGGAUCCUUUUGUUAUUGGAUCAAUACAAUACACUAUAAAAACCAUGUCUGUUCUAAUUAACUGUAUUCCUCUCCUUUUGUUGUUGGUUGCUGUAACUUGUAAGUAUUAUGUUAGCUCUGUAUUUGAAGUACUGCUAUUACAUGAGUGUAUUGGUCAAGCGAAACAUCUAUUUGAUCCUUCUUGAUGAUAUUUUAUAUAAUUUUAGCCUACGCUCUUCUGGUU